AUGUCUUCUAACCGAGUCCGUCGCAUUGCCAAAGAGCUAAACGAUAUUUCGAAUGAUGCGGAUUCUCAAAUAUUUUGCCAAUCAAGAGAUGGUAAUGAUAGUGAUCUGACCAACCUUCGAGCAUCCUUUUCUGGUCCACCAGAUACCCCAUAUGAAGGAGGCACCUACAUCGUUGACAUCAAGAUCCCCAACGAAUACCCAUUCCGCCCUCCGCAGAUGAACUUCACAACUAAGCUCUGGCAUCCAAAUGUCAGCAGUCAGACAGGUGCAAUUUGCCUUGACACCCUGGGCUCAGCCUGGUCUCCUGUCCUAACCAUCAGGUCUGCCCUCCUCUCCCUCCAAUCUCUCCUGAGCACACCCGAGCCAAAGGACCCUCAAGACGCCGAAGUAGCCAACAUGUUACUCUACCACCCCGACCGAUUUCGAGCGAAAGCACGCGACUGGGCAAUCCAGUACGCCGGUGCUCCCUCAGUCACUAAAUGGUCACAAAGUGCCGCUUCGAUUCCUUCAUACUCAGCACCAGUAUUGCAUCGCUCAAAGGAAGAGGAGGCGCAACAGGAGAUGCUGAAAUAUCAAGGAUACAAUAAAGCUCUCGUCGAUCGUUUCGUUUCCAUGGGCUUUGAUAUUGAAAAGGUAGUCGAAGCCUUCAACUUCGUUCACAUCGAUCGCAAUGACGGAGAGGACUAUGAGUUGGAGGAGGCAUAUAUGGGUGAUGUUACCGCGAGACUUCUCGGGGAACCAUGA